AUGAUCAUCACUUUAGAUGACGUCUGGUCGCUCCUCCAUCUUCCCAUCACUGGACAAUUUUGCUCCACUGAAAAUAUUGAAUAUGAAGAUUCAGUUGAGAUUUUGAUGACACUUCUUGGUGUUGAUCGGGCCAUGGCUUGCGAUGAGCUGAAUCAAAGUCGGGGUGCACAGGUCAGACUUAGCUGGUUGAGAGAGUUGUAUGAUAGUUGUUGUGAUAAUGAGCUAUGGGAGUUUGCUGCACGUGCAUAUCUUUUGCACCUUGUAGGGUGCACGAUAUUUGCUAAUAAAAAUGCCACCUAUGUUCGUACACAUUACCUCGAGCUAUUUAGAGAUCUCCCGACAUGUCGUAGAUAUGCUUGGGGAGUUGCUGCUCUUGUCUACUUAUAUGAGCAGCUAGGAGAUGCCAACUUUGCAAAUACAAAGCAAUUAGCUGGAUAUCUACCUCUUCUACAAGCUUGGAUAUAUGAGCACUUCCCUGCAUUGGGAAGGAAGCAAUUACGGGAUACAUAUGUGGAGACCGAACCCCGUGUCAUACGUUAUGUCACUGGACGCGCUAUUUCUGCUAUAACUGAUGUUAGACUCCAGCUGGAUGCCUUGACAUAUGAUGAGAUGAUUUGGAAUCCAUAUGUAGCACAUAGAGCUGGUCGACCACUUCUAACAAAUGGCAUGUUUUCUGGCUUCCUGAGGCUUGGUACCCUCGUACACCGUCAUCUGCCAGAGCGUGUGCUGUGA